AUGUGCACAAUUUUAACUAAAGCUACAAAAAUCACGGAAGAUAUAAUGAAACUUCCCAACGAUCCUAACGUUUAUUCGAUAAUGAUGAGAACGGUUUUAUGGAUUGUUUCAUUUAUGGAACAAUUGGAUAUGGAAAGUCAUUUAUUCUUGCAACAAUUACAUGCUUUCUUCUUCGAACUGGAAAGCGUGGAUAAAAUAAGCGAAAUUUAUGCCUGUGAAACAACUGAUGAUAUCAUAAUGUUCUGUAGAUCAUCAGAACUGUUAUAUUUUAUUAUGGACCAAACAAAUGCUUUGGAUCUGGAUGAUAAUACUGUAAUAGCCGAAAGAUUAAAAAGUCAUAUUAUAGAAGCACUUAAUCAAAUGACCUUGGAUCAUUAUGUUAUUAGGAGUUCGUCAGCGAACAACAAAACAGCAUUGCAUCUUAAGCGAAAGCAGACUAACGAGAAAAUGAUUACACUUUAUGGAGGAUUUGAUGAGGAUGAGAUGACACAAUGGUGGAAGAAAAAUGAAUCCAAUUUGCCAUCAAUGAAUGAUGAGCAAAAGAAAAGAAUUGAAUAUAUUACCGGCAAUAAUCCAUUCUUCUUGAGCUUUCUUCUAGUUCCCAAAGAAGUUUCCCAAGGUUUCGAAAAUGCAUGGGAUAACUUAAAUCAACUAUUAAUAUUGAAGAUGCAAGAGCCAAUGACGAAAUUUUCAGAAUCUAUAGCAAAAGAAUCAAAAGAAAGAUGGGAAUUAAUUCAUUGGGUUUUCAAAUCAAGUAGUUUUUGUGCCCUGCCUGAUCGACGAAUGAAAUUUCGUGAAGGAAAAUAUGAGAUACAAAUUAAAUAUGAAAUACAGCGAUACAAAAAAAUGGAUGCAUUCAACUUAUUAUCGGUAUUUGAAGAGUCACUUCGAUUGGGUUAUACUCGUUGA